AUGAGAACCAUCUUAAUUCUUGCUGUCUGUGUUGUUGCAGCAUAUGCGGAGACUUGCUCCAGCCAUGCGGACUGUACCAACACGUUAUGUUCUACUGGAUUUGAGCUUCACUGCGUUAACAGGGAGUGCACGUGUACUCAUGAAGCCAACGGUGGAGAACCAUGCACGAACGUACAUGAUUGUCACGGGAGAUGUACUCAUACUCAUGAUCGUGAACAUUGUAUCGACGGCCAUUGUAGAUGCAGUCACUAAAUAUUCUCAUUCAAUAAAAUAUAACUAACUCCCAA